AGAUUACAAGAUGGCGAAUUGUAAACAAAACUUUUGAUUACAAACAAAAUGAUGCCAAUGAUCGUAUUGCUAACAUUAUGCCAUCAAACAUCAUAUCCAUACCCCCUGUUGAUUUGACAAGGGUCAAUGCUGUUAAGCCUGCCCUUGGUUUGCGCUAUGGAAACUUUGAUGGCAUCAAGUUCCUCCCCCCCAUUCAGGGUCAGGAAACAAUUCAAGAUGAGAGCAUUUGGUCCAUCCAAAAUGACCAGAUCUGUCAAAGGGUUUGUCAAUGGAUGGAGCAGUGGCGACCCUGGCAACAAAAAACUUUGAUUUGUGGGAUAGCUAAUAGGUGCACUUUGAGUCAGCUGGAAAUUUUGUCUACCACUUUAGAACCGCUCAAGCCAAGACCGAGAGAAUACAAGCCUAAAACUUUGAAGAUCACAAAAAAGGUUAAAGAUAAAAAUAGACUGCAUAGAAAAAAGAAAACUAGUCUUGUCUCAACAAAAUCAGACACAAACAGUAUCAGAACUAUUUCACAGCAGAGACAGAUCAGCACAACAUGGGACAACACUGCAGAAAGUUUGAAGCUAACCAAAGACAACAAAGCAAAAAAUGACGUGGAAGGAAGUCUUGAUAAAAGUGUUGAAGAACUCACUCCGAAAAUUGACAAUAAUAAAAAGAAAACUACAUCUAUGAAGAAUGGAGAAGAGAAGACUGCUAAAAAUGAUGGAAGUCUGCUAUUCAUCACUGAUGAGAAAGGUAAUCUAAUUAGAACAGCCAAAGAGGGGAAUACAACUAUAUCUACAGAAGCAGACGUCAGCUUCAUUUCAGUUGAUCAAUAUGCAUCAUUAUUAUCUUCUUCUAUAAUUGUAUCUGUUUUUACUGACAUUACAGCAAAGUCUUCAGUUAUUGUUAAAAAUAGUACAUCCAACUCUGAACAUGUGUUGAAUGCAUCAAAGACUACAAACAACAUAACAUCACUACCUCAAACUGUUAAUGUUCAAGCAGGUCUUAAUGAAAAAAGAAAAGUUUCCACAGUUUCCUACACAGACCUAAAAACACAAGCUCCUGAUACACAAUUGCAAUCUCUAGAAGAUUCAACAAAAUUUUUGGGAGGUGUUCUUGACUUUAGUUCUGAUCCAAACUUGAAUUACUCUGUACCUCAGAGAAGCAGUGCCAGUCGUUAUCGCUAUCAGGCCUUCUCCAACUCUGCCAGUACAAUGGAGUACUUUGAUAGAAGGAAAGUGUCUCUUUUAGGACCCAAGCAGUAUACCUCCACCCAGAUGUCUGUUGACAGACAUUUCAGAAUUGGGUCUGUGCCAGUAUCUCUACAAAAGUUUUAUAAAAAUUCUAAGUGGUGGUCACCUAGGUCACUGUCCAGCAGGCCUCUUCAUCAGUUUAAUAGCAAAGAUCUUGCCCUGAACUUCAAAGAUCAGCUGCAGACUGUAUGGAAAUGGUUUGACCAAUGGGAGAGCCCUGAGAGAAUUACUUUCAUGAAAGAAUUAGUUUUGGUUAGCUCCCCUGAAGUGCUUAACUCUUUGAUAAGCAAUAUCCAGCAAAGACUGAAUAGCAGAAAGAGUGUCAAUUCCUUGCCAGAUAAGCUGCUGCUCUAUAUUUUAUCUUUUUUAGAGCCAAAACAAAUUAUUGAAGCGUCAAAGGUUUGUCGCAAAUGGCGCUAUCUGUGUGCCAGGGAGGAUCUCUGGAUUUUGAAAUGUUUGGAAUUAGGGGAAAAGGAAGGAAUCUCUAACAUGCCAGAUUUGAUACAGAAUGCAAACCAAAAUGCUUUGGGUAUAGACUGGCUGUUAGCCUACACCCAGCUCAAAGAAAUUAUAAAAACCAUCAGGCAUAACACAAAGAAAAAAUAUGGAGAUCCAGAAGAAAAUAGUAUGCCAGAAGCACAAACAGAGUUAAAUACUUUGAAAAGUUAUCAAGAAAAGACAAACAGAGGAAAAAUUAGGAUCAAACUCUCACAUGAGAGUAAUGCAGUAAUUAAAACAACUCAGUUUGAAGAUUUUUCUGAGUUGACUCCAACAGAUGGUGAUGACAGUGUUGAGGCCAUGCAAAUCGACUCUCAGGAUAUAUAUGGAAAAGUCUCAGUGAUCCCCAGACCUCAAUUAGCUGGUUUGCCAAAAAGAUCAAAGUCCCUAAAGAUGUCCACUUCCCUUGACCAGUCAGAAGGUUUGUUUGAUGAUAGUGACAGUGUGAAGAACAAAAGUGUCUGGAGAGCAGAGGAGGAUACUGACAGGACAGUUUCCAAGUACAGUACAUCACAUUCAAAUGAACAGACAUCUGGAGGAAGUGAUACAGGAAAAGGUGAAACAAAGUAUAGUGAGCUGGGAAACAGUGAUUUUCAGAAAAGUGAAUCACAGGAAAAUGAUACAAGAAAAAGUGAAACACAGUAUAGAGGGAUGGAAAAAAAUGAUUUUCAGAAAAGAGAUUCACAGAAAAAUACUGAAAGAAAAAGUGAAACACAGAAAAGUGAUGUCGGAAGAGAUGAUGUAAUGAAAGAAAGUAUUGCAUCAUCCAACAGAAAUGUAUCUGUACAUGAUGUAGCGAAGGUAAAUGAGCAAGAAGAAAGUGUUACCUCCCAUGACAUAAAAACUGAAUUAAGACGCAGUAAAGACAUUCUCGGAAAGCUAGUCAGCAGGACAAGUCUGGAGUGGAAAAGUCCAGAAGUACACUAUGAGCACUCUAGAAUUACAAUGUAUGCUGGGAAGGUUUUAGCCUUAAAGAAAAUGAGAAAAAUAGAGGGACAUCUGAGCAGUGUUACUUGUGUUUACUUUGACGCCAGACGCCUCAUCACAUGUGGACUGGACAGAGUCAUACGACUGUGGGACGUCCGCAGUGGGAGGAGCUUGCAUAAAUUUCUAGGUCACAAAGGUGGAAUACGCUGUGUCCAGUUUGAUAAUGAAAUACUGGCCACAGGUUCAUGGGAUUGUCUUAUAAUGAUCUGGAGUAUGAGGAAUCUAGACAACCUAACGACAUUACAAGGUCAUGGUGACUCAGUCACUUGCCUGGAGUUCAACGCUGACAUUCUUGUCUCAGGUUCCGCGGAUCGGUCAGUCAGAGUCUGGAAGCGACCAACAUUCUACUGUUUCCACGUCAUCAACUUUGAAUCGGCUGUCCAGAGUCUGGCCAUGUGUGGUCACAUGUGCGCAGUCACUACAGCCUCUUUACAAACUGAACUGAUAGACGCACUAUCUGGCAGUAGACGUAUGAAAUUUGAAUCGCCGCUUGGAGUUAUAAAUAGCCUAGCGGUACACGGUAGUCUUAUGCUGGGAGGCGAUAGUCAAGGUCGGGUAUGCUUCUGGAACUUCAGGACCGGAGAAAUGGAGGCUGCUGUCCAGGUUCACCUUGCGACCAUCCACAGAGUGACCUACCACGCGGGACGGUUCUACACGGCCUCCAGCGAUGGUAGCAUCCAGGAGUGGGACCUGAAGACGAUGACCUGUCUGAGAGUGUUGAAGGGCCACACGGGGCCAGUUCGAGACGUCAAGGUAUCGAACCAACGAAUCGUCAGCUGCGGUGAUGACGGCACAGCUCGGAUCUGGGACCUUGCUCAUCGAUAAAUAAACCAUUUUGUCAACACUACAAGAUUCGCACUGGUCCUGGGAAAAGUUAUGUGCCAUCACGUGAUACACAGCGGUCACGUGACUUUGUUUUCUUAAAUAUAGUUAUCAAUCAAAUGUCUCGAAAUAGCCUCUCCUUCCAUUCGCACUAUAAGUUUUAAUUAAUGUAGGCAUCAAUAUAGAUAUUUUGUAUUCUUUGGUAAAUGUUAUCAACGAUGAUUCUUCAACGCUUUAUGCAACUUUCUACUAGUUGUGUAGAUUUUGUAGUGUACCGGUAGUGAAAGAUACAUUAUUAUUGUGAUAUUACAUUUAGCUUCACAUUAUUAUUGUGAUAUUACAUUGACCUUCACAUUAUUAUUGUGAUAUUACAUUGACCUUCACAUUAUUAUUGUGAUAUUACAUUUAGCUUCACAUUAUUAUUGUGAUAUUACAUUUAGCUUCUUCCAUAUUCUCUCUAGUGAUAUUUUCAAUGUUUAUACCAAAAAAUCAUGGGACAAUUGUUGAAAGAUAUAAUGUAUAUAAUAGUUAAGGACUUUUUAAUGGUUGUCGGAUUUGUGGUUGAAUAGCGUAAACCGUUUGACCACCUAUCAAACGGGUUCGCGUUUGAAUCCUGACUUGAGACGAGUUGUUUUUUGCUAAUCUCCUAAAGGCAGCACGGAAACCUCCUCUCAGAUACCCCCCCCCCCCCAUUAAAAAAGAAACUGGACCAUAGCGCACUGAGUCUGAUAUAGCUUAAAAGAUGCACCAUCCAAACAAGGAGCGAAUGUAUACAUCUACUAAACAUUAUACUAUUCUAAUGAUAGGUAUGAGAGUCUAGGCCAUGUAGACUUAUGCCCAUGAUCUACACUUCUAGACAAUUGUUAGAAUCGUUUUAGAAAAUUUGUCCACCCACCCAUAAGGUUCCACUAUGAAAGCGUGACUUGAAUAGAGGCUUUUUUGAUGCUUCUUAUGUUUAUUGGAUUUACACACAAAAAUGUGUUUUUGUGAAGUCUAACUUUGUUAUACUUUACAUUUAUUUCCAGCAACUUUGUGUGUGUGUGUUUGAACGUUUACACCUUCCACUCUCAAAAACAAAAUACUCAGAAAGACGCAAAGAUAACGGCACAUUUCUUACGCCAUAGGCUAGGACAAAUUCACAUAAUGCUCUUUCUUUUCAAGUGCCACUAGACUUCACUAGAGCAUGGAGCACAGUUUGUCUGAAUCAUGGAAACCAAUGACUUAGCAGAGUUUAGGUGCUCGGCUACAUGAACGCUCCGUCUGUCUGGUACACAGUUUAAACACGCUAUUUCACCCACUUCACUUUCUCGGAUCAAGUUGAAACCUUGCACAAUUAGUCAUGGUUUCUUAUAAAACAUGAACCAACCAAAACAUUAACCAAUUAGUUAAUUAAAUUAAAGUAAUUUAUUAUUUUUGUUUGAUAUUAGAAAAAGGGAAAUAUUCUUACAAUAUUGAGAUAUGUGUCUGUAAAUAUGGAGUUCUUACCCUUUGACAAUCUUUGUUCUUUUUUUUCUUUUUUUUAUUUCGCUUCUUUUUGAAGGAACGAUUAAAGUCAACAUCAAGCAAAAAAAAAAAAAAUGGAGCAUAUCAAACGGCAAUGAUGUGUGACGCUACACGUAGUUUGACACCCCACCCUUUUUCCCCUUUUUUUGAUGUUGAAUGGUAUGAGUAGAUUGAUGGGUUUGGUUUCUCUUUAUUCAGUUUUUGUUUGGAUAGCAUCUAAACUACAUUGAUUGCUGUACUUUUUAUAGGCUAAGGAUUUUGUAUACAUUUUUUUAGUCUUCUUGAUUUUUUGUAGUAUAAUGACUUUAAUGUUUAUAUUUGAUAAUUACUCAUUAGUAUCAGUUUAUUGUUGUCUUUCAAUAUUUCUAAUCUAUUUAUUAGACUAGCCUACUGAAAUAUGUAUUCUUUUAUAAUUAUUAUUUGUCCAUUUGUCUUUUGAUAAUUUGUUACGGGCCUUUUUAUUUCCUAGUUUAUUGAUAUUUUAGUUAAUUGAAUUCUCUGUUGUUGUUUUUUUUUGAUGCAGUGGAGUCCCAAUAUUUACCACACAAAAAAAAUCAUUUUCCAUAUCAAUGGGUUGUUGACAAUUGUUUUUUAAUCGCGCAAACCGAAUACGAAAAUGUCAUAGACACGCCUUCCAUCUACUUAUUGGAAUUAACCUUUAACUUUUUUCAAAGAGUUGUCCACCCUUCCCCUAAAUACCUCGAGUACUUCCCCUUAGCCAUGUACAUGGCAUCCAAACAUUUUCACCAACCUACAAGAGGGCAAGAAAGAUUUACUUCUGUAAAACCCUAGUUUGCUCAACUGUUAUAUUUCUUUGUGAUAUUGUUUUUAUAUAUUACACUAUUUAUUUUAUAUCGCAUAUGUACUAUACAGAGGUUUUUUGUUUUAACGGAACACGAAGUUUGUCCUUCGCUUACAGAUUGAUCUUGAAGCUAUCCAGUAAGUUAGUGAGAAUGGUACUCAGGUGAAUGUUCAACAACUUUCUUCUUUUAAUUUGGUAUAUAUAUAUAUAUCACAUCAUCUAUAUAAUGUCAUCUAUACAACGUGAUUUAUAGCUUUACAAUCAACUUGACAAUACUUUCAAUAAACAAAAUUACAUACUGAUGUUUUCUAUU